AUGAAGCUGAAUAUAGCAUAUCCGACGAAUGGUACGCAGAAGAUGUUUGAGAUUGAUAGGAAGUACGAAACAAGGUUGUAUGACAAGAAGAUAGGGGACCAGUUUGACGGUGGGAUUCUUGGAGAGGAGUUUGAGGGAACGAUCAUGGAGAUUACCGGGGGUGAUGACUAUCAGGGGUUUCCGAUGGUUGACGGACACUUGACAAAGAAGAGGGUAAGGCCGCUGUUGUCGAAGGGAGAUGCUGGAUACAGGUGCAGGCGUAAGGGAGUAAGACGCCGCAAGAGUGUCCGAGGAUCCAUUGUUUCUGAGGAGAUCUGUGUGUUGAACCUUAUAAUUCUGCGUCCUGGAGAGAAGGACAUAGACGGCCUUACAAAUGUUGUCAAUGAUGUGUCCCAUCUUCCCAGAAAGGAGAGCAAGCUUAGGAAGAUGUUUGCAGUUCCCGACGAGGAAAAGAACGUUGUGGGGUACAUCAGGAAUAUAUUUAAGGCUGAGUGUGAAGACCCAAAGAAGAUACCCAAGAUCCGGCACAAUGGAAAGAGGAUAAAGAAGGAGCAAGAGAGAAAGGAGAGCAUCAAGAAGAUAAAGUUGGAAAGAAAAAGAAUUCUGGAGGAGGAAAGGAAAGCUUAUCUCGAGAAGUAUUUCAAUAAAGCCUGA